AAGAAGUCACCAUGUCAGCCGAUGUACAAUGGGCCAUCAUCAGGAACAACUCAAGUUUCCUGUUGAAGGGAAACAAGAGAACCUUUAGCAUGGAGCCCAACAAUUUGAAGGCUAUCAACUCAUUCCGCUACAAUGGUCUGGUUCGGCAAAAGACCAUUGGUGUAGAGCCAGCCAAGGAUGGCAAGGGUGUGGUCUUGGUCACACGAAACUCCUCUGGAUGGAGGAAGCCCAAUAAGAACUACACGAAGAUGGAACUGAAGAGAGAUCCCAGGCGUGUACUGGGCACCAUCAGGAAGACUGUUAGAAACAACAGAUACAGGAAGGACCUGAAGAUGGCUGCUAUCCGACGUGCCAGUGCCCUCCUGAAGAGCCAGAAGCCAGUGGUCGUCAAGGCAACAAGAAAAUCCAAGAGUUAGAAAUGUACAUAGCGGCUAAUAAACGUGGAAAAGAAA